AAGUUUAUCAUUGUGCAUUGUUUAGCGAUUGGUUGUCGCGGUCGCAUCGCACUUCAGGUGUUAUCGUUGAAUGGCGAUCGCGGUGCUUCCUCUUCACGACCGAUAAAGUCAGGCCAUGUAAGGUGGGCGACGGGCGGCGUGAACCGGUCUUGCUGACGCCGGCAUUAUGUUUUUUAUGUUCUGAAGAAGUAUUGUACGGAUCUCAAUUGACUCGAUAUGAUAAAUAUAUUACGACGAACUGUAUCAGUACACGAUUCAACAGAGAUAAUUAUAUAACAACAAACUAUGACAAUACGUGCACAGACCAAGAAAAUACAUUUAUACAAAUAUUGUAAAAUUUAAAAUAAACAUUUAGUAUGCACUCUAGUAUUAGAGCUAGAUCGAAAUACGGAAAUUUACUGAGAUUUCUUUGUUUUGAAUUAUUUAAUGAUUCCGACGAUGAUCAAAUUUCGACUCAAGAAGUUGGACAAUGUAGUUCAAGUAACAACCAUUUACCGUCAGAUACAUGUGUAAUAUGUAUGGAAGAAAAAAAAACUGUUUCAAUGUUACCUUGUAAACAUGAGAUUUGUAAUACAUGUACAAUAUAUUCUGUAGUCCAUUUUAAACUUGAAAAUUGUCCAAUAUGUCGAGUUAAAAUUUCCACGAUGAUUGGAGUACAGCCGAAAAAACUUUCAAUUCUUGAGUAUGAACGAGACUAUUUUACCAACAAUACAUUCAAAAGAAAUCAAAGUGAUACAUAUCAAAGGAUGACACUAUUGACACUUGAAAAUUUUCAAGAGCUUCACAAACGUAUAGAAAAAUUUAAGAUUACAAACAAUGAACUAAUCGCAAAAUAUUAUUAUUUACGACGCAAUGAAGAACCAGAUUUAGAACUUUUAAAAGAUAUUCAAGUGCUAAAUUCUAAUAAAAACUUUUUUUUAUCCGAGUUACGUGGAUGCCUUUUAAGAUGUAGAAAUCUGUCAAUGGAGUUGUUAGUGUACACAGAAUGGUUUGAAACUCAACUAAAUAAUUUUGAACAGAAUAUGUUACGAAAGUAUUAUUCUAGAAAAGGACUAAAUGCCGACAAAGAAUUCGUCAAACGAAAAGAAUAUACUUUCAAUCCAAUAUGAUAAUGAACCUAUGAUUCACGAUACGAAUACUUGCAUUAUUUGUAUGGAAAAAGAAAAGACAGUAACCAUGUUACCCUGCGAACACAUGUUUUGUAAUAAGUGUGUUCUUUAUUCUUUAAUCUACCAUAAAUUUGAAAGCUGUCCCCAGUGUCAGGUUAAAUUGUCUACAGUUAUUGGUCUGACCCCGACAAAUAUUUCAAUGAUUAAUUAUGAACAAGAUAGUCAAACUAAACAAUUAAGACAGCCACAAAUGACUGAGAUGACUUUUGAACAUUUUCAAGAGCUACGUGAUAAUGUUGAAAAUUUCAAUAUUUCUAAUGCUGAAUUGUUGGCCCGCUAUGUUUAUCUACGACGUGAUGAGAAACCUGACAAAGAGCUAUCAAAAGAUAUUCAAUCAAAAGUUGGCUUUAAACAGUUUUCCCAGUUAAUAAAGUUACGUAAAUGUAUUGUACGAUGUACAAACACUUCGAUGGAAUUAUUGGUAUACAUGGAUUAUUUUAAACUACAUCUCGAUGAUUUCGAAAAAAAUAUGCUAACAAAAUUUUACUUGAGACAAGGUUUAAUUCCCGAACGAGAACAUUUAAUAAGAGAACAAUAUUUCUUUAGCUCUCAUUAAAUAAAUUAGAUAAAAUGAAAUGAAUAAACUAUCUAUAAACAUUAUUCUGAAGUAAUAUAAAAUAAUCAAAUU